AUGACCAGACUAAACCCUCCUCUGCCCAACCCACGGUGCACACCCCAUCUUUGGAAGUAUUCGGAAAUUCAACCCACCCUUUUGCAAGCGGGUCAGCUUGUUACCGAAAAGCAAGCUGAGCGCAGGGUCUUAAUGCUCGUCAACCCCUCCAGAGAUGCCCCUUUCACAACUGACACUCUCUACGCUGGGCUGCAGCUGGUCAUGCCCAAUGAGACAGCGCCGGCGCAUCGACACACGGCUUUCGCCAUGCGCUUCAUCAUUGAGGGCAAUGGCGGCUUCACUGCCGUUCACGGAAAGCGCAUCCAGAUGACCCGGGGAGAUGUAAUCUUGACCCCCACUUGGAACUGGCAUGAUCAUGGAAAGGAUGGGUCUGGCCCGAUGAUCUGGCUUGAUGGCUUAGAUUUGCCCAACUUUACCCACUUCCCUGUUCAUUUUGUCGAGCAUUUCUCAUCGCCACGAUACCCAGCAGAUAAUGUUGAUACAUCCCAGUCGCCCAUUGUCUUCCCGUGGAGUAGGAUGAAAGCAGCACUUGACGCCGAGGAAGGGCACUAUGCUACACAAAGCUAUCUUCGUGCAGAUGGAUCUGAAGUCAGCAAGGUUUUAGGUGGCCGUGCAGCCCGCUUGGCCUCCGGUGCCAAGUCUCCUCUUAUUCAGGAGACCGCGUCAUCUGUUUACCAUGUCGUGGAGGGAUCAGGACGCUCUCGUAUCGGUGAUACAGAUCUCAUCUGGAAGAAGGGGGAUACUUUCUGCAUUCCUUCGUGGUACUCUUAUCAGCAUUUUGCGGACGAGGGCCUGGAGACAGACGUGUAUCUGUACCGUUUUGAUGACAUGCCCAUGCUGAAAAGUCUGGGGUUUUACCGCUCAGCUGAUAUGGACGUGGAACGUCUUGUAUCGAACUAA